CUGGCUCGCUUCCACUUGUUUCCGUUCAGUUGGUCCCUGUCUACCUGGCGGAUCGGACACCACGUUCUGUGUCGCUCUCAGUUUUUUUUUGCGCAUUUAGUUUUUGUUUUGUUUUUUUUCAACAUUCCUCUUCAGUCUGGUCCAGUGUCUCACGUUGUCGACGAUGUUCAAUGCGUUCGAUUGAAAAGGAAAUUGAGGGGGGCAAAAGAAAAACAGGAAAAGUGUUCACGUUUUGUUCAAAAUUUGGUGCGAUCUCAUCAGUUUUUUUCUGGGGCCAGUUUGAUAGUGUUUGUUCAUUAGCCACUUGAAACACGUGUCGUUUUGAUUGAGAGUGACUGGCGUUUGCUUUUGGCCGAGUGACUGGAACGCACGCACAAGCCGCGUUCGAUCAAAACAAGUGGGCAGCAAAAUUAAUCAAACGUUGGCCAUUCAGACAAUCGAAUAGCAUUUGGGCCUAUCCAAGGAUAAUUAUCAUUUGCCGGACGCGUCGGGUACAACGACGUGGCCUUUUUUCUUCCGAGAGUUGCCGUAGACCGACACACGGACAAACUGAAAAGCGACGGCCAGAAUCUGCGGCAAGCCCAUCACGCCCGGCCCAUUUUUAACCCGCCAAGUGGUUGGAUAUGUUAAUCGGCAGGUGAAAUUGGCUUGGCCUCGUCCACAGACUUCAGCAAGAGGAGCCAGGAGAAUACCCUACCGAUAUUUAGCGAGAAAACCGGUUUGCGCACAGGCCUGGUACUUAUCCUGCCGAUCUUUACGAUGGAUUUAGCCGGGGCGUUGCGAAUGGACGACCUGUCCAAAACAGACUUGUUUGAUUUCGUCUGUCCGGACACGCCGGCCGCCUUCCGCCUGAGGGAUCUCGGCUUACAUUUGUUCCCCGUUGAAGAGGAGUCGUCAGUGGGCACGGCGGCUGGACACCAUCAACAGCAGAAUAGUGCGAGUGGCAGCGACGGUGGCGGUGGUAAACAGCAACUCAGCAGUCACCAUCAUCACCAUCAACAGCAGCAACAACAACAACAACAACAGCAGCACCACCACCACCACCACAACCACCACUCUGGCGGCAUGCAUUUUGAAUGGUUAGCCGGCACGCCCAGCCCGGACGAAGGCUUCGGCAGCAGCGCUAACAGCGUCGAAGGUAACAGUAGUAGUGGUAGCAGUAGCACUAGUGGCGGCCGCACAGACGACGUCUUCUGUGACGAUUUAGACAACAACGGCUGGAACAAAACUGGUGGCAAUAGCGGAAGCGCAUCUGGCCAAGAGUACCACCAACCGCAAUGUGCUUCGUCCAUGGAAGCUGAUUCGACGGUUGAACCCAAACAACAUCAGCAACAUCAUCAGCAUCAACCACAAGACAUGCAGCAGCAGCAGCAAGAACAGACGAGCAAUUACUUGUCUUGGACGUCGAACGGCGAACAAGAGCAUAACAACAAGGGACAAUCUUCGAAUGUGAACGUGGAGCCGAUGGAUUUAGAUGCUCUGCUGCAAAUUGUUGGUUUGCCCAGCUCGGCGGAUGGCAUGUCAUCUGGCGGCCACAUUCACACCGGUAGCUUUCUCUUCGGGCCGCACGACACGCUCAGCAACAAUGGGGACCAUUACGGCUCUGACCAGUACGGCGAUUCUCCAAUGGUCGUCAAGGCCAGCACCGGUUUGCACGACGAGAACGAAGGCAAUUCGAGCGGUCAGCUCUUUCGCAACGAUCCGUUUCUUACCGCCACCGACGUCAAAUUCACUCUGGAAUUCGCCACGAUGCCGACGCUGGCCACGCUAUCGCCCCUGCCACCGGUAUCGACUCUGAAGCCACUGGGCAGCACCAAUUUCAGCGGCGAUUCGCUAUUGCGCAGCGCUUUACAAGGGAAACAAGUGGCGGUGGCGGUGGUACCGGUGACGGCCACCGUCACUGCCACCAGCCCGGCGUCGGCUUAUCCAUCGAGUAAGCCGUCAGCGCACCCGGAGCUGCGCAAAGCGCUGUCUACGCCUGUCCAUAGUUUCAAAUCGGCCAAAGUGGACAAUUGUUCCGUUCAUUCGGCCGAUCCGGCGACGCCUCCGUUGACGCCUCUCAGCAACGCCUUGUCCGGCACUCACACGUACGGUGAUUGUUCCAGUCCUCAGCAACAGAGACACCACUGUUUGGUGGACAGCAACGCGGCGUCCAGUCCGAUGAGUGACGCCAGUUCUAGAACUUCGCCGGUUCGUGCCAACGUCCUGUACGACAACCGACACGAAGUCGCCGGCUCAACGUCCAUCAAAGAGACGGGCCCCACUAUGAUGACGAUAGGUAACAUUUUCACGGGCGAGUACCAGUACGACGGGUCGGAUCGGACGGCAAACGGCAGCCACCCGGUGGCGGAAGAGAAUUGCAUGACUACAAUCGAGGACCUUCUCAUGUGCAACAUUGAAGAUUUGGACAAAUUGAAGACCUUCGAAAAGGAAGUGGCCGAAUCUUUGAAGAACAUUUGUGCAACGACCGCGCCCGAUGCAACCGGUGACUUUACAACAUCGGCGGCGACCUCGACGGGCGCGCCGUCCAUCAUGGCCGGUAAUUCGCCGACGGCGACAGUCACCGUCAGGGUGGCAGGUGCGCAGCCGGUCGUCAAGACGCGUAAGAAGCGCGGCUCGAAAAAGAGGAAAUUGGCCGAAUUGGCAACACAGUUGUCCAACGACGAGGAUUCCAGCCGGUUGCUGGAACCGGGGGAGGCCGUCGGGGUGGAGACGGGCACUCGGCGAGAGCGGCUGCUCCACUACUGCAGCAUUUGCACCAAGGGUUUCAAAGACAAAUACUCGGUCAACGUGCACAUACGAACGCACACGGGCGAGAAACCGUUUUCGUGUCCCCUGUGCGGCAAAAAUUUCCGACAAAAGGCUCACCUGGCCAAGCAUCAGCAGACGCAUACCAAAAUGUCAGCAGGUGUCGCAAAGAGUAAACGGUGAGAGUCAGGGAAACUAUCGACCUGCCUUGCCCCCACCGUCUCAUUCCUUUCGAUGAUUUGGCAAUCCGCCCAUGUUGUCCGUCAAUGUCUCCCUCUCACUGUUUACGACUCGCACUGCCUGCAUCGCGCAAUAAAAACAAAAACAACAAAAUGAUGAUUGAUGGAAAAUUUAACUUUGAUUCGAUACAAGUGAAGGAGGUAUACCAACCGGAAGGCAAAUGGAACUCAAAAGAUCCGGCAGCAGCAUCAAAGCAAUCACUUGGCCACAUGGUGUUUGUAUGUUUCAACGCUGUGUUUGACAUCGAUCAUCGAAACAUCUCUUUUCGACUGUGAUCCGUAGGCGAUAAACGAAGAUGACUUUUUUUUCUUUCAAGUUCUGGUAUAACCUUCCUAUUAUGAUUUUCUGUAAUUGUGUUUUUGCAUGCGAAAUUUCGGCAUUCUACUCUAACGGGGAAACAAUUUAUAUCUAAUAUCUCUUGUGUUUUGUUUCUUCCAUGAGACGAAAAAAAAAAAUAAUAAUAAUAAUAAUAAUAAUAAUAAUAAGAAUUAAUAAUCAUUCAAGAAAAAAUGAUGAAAAACGAUGAAAUCGUGUUUAUGCUGUUUCUCCGUCUUCUGCAGUGUCCCCCAUUUCAGUGCGUGCUGUCCGUGUUCGCUUUCCAAUUCAAUGACCAAUUUAUCUCCGUCUUCGUCCAUCUAGAUAGAAAAGAGACACAAAAAUCGAACAAAAAAAAAAAAAAAAAAAAAAGGAAAAAGGAAUAUAGAAAAGAAACAUAUUAUAUAUAAUAAAACGACAUUGUUCAUACAUUUAUUUUUUUGCGAAUUUUUACGUUUUCACUUGUAUCUUGGGGGAGAAAGACCGAGGGAAAUAUUGACUUUCUUAUUCUUUACCCAGGGAAGUGUGAUUAAUGUUGUUGUGUCCCAAUAUGGAAUUUAUUCUCGAAUAACGAGAUCCCAUGCAAAUAUCUAAAAAAAUGUAUGUAGUUGUGAAAUGUUUUCUAUGUUUCACAAUGAGAAACCAAACGUUGGUGCCCACCAAUUCAGACCCGCCCCAACAUCGAAUGGUAACAGACUACAAAUUGAGAAAAACAAAAACAAAAACAAAAAAAAUGAGAAGGAUUCGUCCCUAUGUUUAAAAUACGUUUUUUUUAAUUUUUUAAAACUACAUCGGCAUAGUCUCCCCACCCCCCAUUGUGUAUCAAUACUCAAGCUUUUUGCUAAGGCUUCGUUUCGUUGGGUGCAUUGCGUGUAUCGACUCAUAUGUCCAUCCUAGAACUAGUCAUUCCUAGGUUGUUGUUUUUUUUUGUGUUUUACUUUCCUUUUUUUUUUGUAGAAUUUAGUUUCCAACAAAUUUUAAUUCACCUCCAAAAUUAUCAAACGUCGAACCACUGAUUAAAUAUCACAUUCUAAGUACACCGAAAUUCAUUUUUUUUUAAAUCUCUGAAUCUUUCAAAAAUGUCUCGUUUUUUUAAGUCGAUUUUUGUAGUGCCAAGUAGCGCGCGAGCUCAUACAAAGCUGCAAUUCUCUCACGUAACAAUCCAUCCUUCUGAAUCUACCACUACAUGUUUUUUUUAAUAAACCGAACAACACGAUCAUCGCCAAAAUGAACUGUCUCUUUAUAGAAUGUGUUAUAUCGUUUUUCCCCCCAAUUCAUUUGGUGUUCCGUUGUGUAACGAAGAGUAACUACAUGUGUGCCCAACAGAAAAGUUUAGCAACAAGCCCCUCUCUCCUUUCACGUGUCCUUCUCAUGUGUAAGUCUGGCACUUAUAAAUAUACAGAAACAUUUACUUUUUCCAA